AUGGUAGUUCAGCAUAAGAAGCGUGAAUUUCACGAAUUAGGAAAGGGACAUCAGAUACGUGUGCGGGAAAAACGAGUGCCAUCUUAUGAACGGACGAUGAAUCGCUAUCCGAAUUUGUUGAUCAGUUCCGAACCGCUCAAUGAACAUAUGAAAGAAGUGAUUACGGAAGAACACAACAGGCUCAGAAGAAUCGUGCCGGCGACCGAUAUGCGCUUGAUGUAUUGGUCAGACGAACUGGCAGCAAGUGCGCAACGACAUGCGAACAGAUGCGAUUUUCGGUACUAUCUUUCAUGCUUUUAA